UCGCUGGCCUAUAUAAAAGGGGAGCUACAAAAACUAGGGUAUAAAAAGCCUCAAUUGGUCUCCCUCCACCGAUUCCGAUUCCGAUUCCGAGUCUGAGUCUGAGUCUGUUCUUCGGCAAUUCAAUUCGAGAGAAGGAGAAGCCGAUAACGGAGCCUUCAAUCCGAUCAUAUCUGAUAAGAAAGGGGAAUGGCAACGUUUGAACUGUACCGCAGGUCGACAGUUGGCAUGUGCUUGACCGAAACAUUGGAUGAGAUGGUUUCAAACGGUGUUCUCAGUCCUGAACAUGCCAUCCAGGUCCUUGUUCAGUUUGACAAGUCAAUGACUGAAGCUCUGGAAGCCCAAGUCAAGAGCAAGGUUUCAAUGAAGGGACAUCUGCACACCUACAGAUUCUGCGACAACGUGUGGACGUUCAUUUUACAAGAUGUGAUGUUUAAGACCGAGGAGUGCCAGGAAACUGUUGGUCGGGUUAAAAUAGUGGCAUGUGACUCGAAGCUGCUCUCACAAUGAGACAGAUUGCUGCCACCAACCCCCCUGAAGAUUGUUUCCAAUCCGAGGAGCGAGGAGAUUGAGAUCCUAGUCUGGUGGGGGACGAGAAUUGAAUAAAACGAACACUGGGGCGGGCUUGCGUUGCUCGCUUGGUUGACAAUCAAAGUUGAAGUUGAAGUUGAAGUUGCAGUUGCGGCUGAGUUUUCAGUUAGUGCAGGAAGAUUUUAAACCAAACAGCCAGAACCCACCCACCAUCAAAAGGCAACGGCUGUUUCUAUGUACUGUUUGUGACUUUGGUUAUGCUUUCAUUUAUAAAAUUUUACUCUUUUCGCUGA